AAAGAGAGCGCCUUUUAUAUUAGGCCUACUCGUGCAUUCAACGAAGGAACCCUCUUCCUAAUUAACGAGGUGGAGGCGCUGAGAUCUCAAUCUUCUUGUCGCGGAAUGCGUCCUGUCAUCUGAAUUAUCGUUUCCAGCGCUAGCGAUUGGGACGUGGCUGUUCUUUCGUUGAUUCACCCUGUCGAGGGAGAAUAAUGGAUGCGGCCGAGGUCGAGGGGAAUCUAUUCGUUGCUGGCGACGCAAAGGUACAUGGAAGAAUGUUUAGGGUGCUCCAUGCAGUUGUUUGUAAGGUGUUGGAGAUCUUUCCGUUAAUAGAAGCAGCAAGACCCAGAAGUAAGUCCGGCAUCCAAGCACUGUGCUCCUUGCAUGUUGCACUUGAGAAAGCCAAAUGCCUACUUCAGCAUUGCUCAGAAUGUAGCAAGCUUUACCUGGCAAUAACUGGAGACUCAAUUGUAACAAAGUUUGAAAAGGCAAAAUGUGCGCUUCAAGAAAGUCUUAGACAUGUCGAAGAAAUAGUCCCAGAACCUAUUAGUUGUCAGAUUAUUGCAAUUGUUGGUGGGCUGGAGGAAACUGUGUUUGAAUUGGAUCAAUCAGAGAAGCAGGCAGGUGAAAAAGUAAUCUCGUUGCUUCAGAAAGAGGGCAAAUUUAAGAAUAACUUGAAUGACAAUGAAGAGCUUGAACUUUUCCACCAAGCUGCUUCAAGAUUGGGGAUUACUUCUUCCCGAGCAGCACUGACGGAAAGAAGAGCCCUCAAAAAACUUAUCGAGAGAGCUCGUGCUCAGGAUGACAAGCGGAAGGAAUCUAUCGUAUCUUACUUGUAUCAUCUCACGAGAAAGUACUCAAAGCUUUUCAGAAAUGAGCAUGCAGAUGAUACUGAUUCUCAGGGAUCAACUCCACGCUCUCCUACGAUACAAGGAUUUGAAGAUGAAUCCAGUCCAUGUAGGAAUAAUCACACGUGCGAGAGACAGCUAACUAAGCCACACUCUUUCAAUUUCAAACAAAAUGGAAGAAAUUCUGGGAAUAUGCCAGUCCCUCCUGAAGAAUUCAUUUGCCCCAUCUCCUUGCAGCUCAUGUUUGAUCCUGUCAUUGUUUCAUCUGGACAGACCUACGAGCGCCUCUGCAUUGAGAAAUGGUUCAAUGAUGGCCAUAGUACCUGUCCGAAAACCCAGCAGCAGCUAUCCCAUCUGUGCUUAACUCCAAAUUAUUGUGUUAAACGACUCAUUGUUAGUUGGUGUGAACGAAAUGGAUUUCCCAUUCCAAAUGGUCCACCAGAGUCCCUGGAUGUCAACUAUUGGUGGUUGGCUUUCUCAAAAUGUCAAGCCAUCGACGCCAGUUCUUUUGGCUGUACAAGCUCUUCCAAAUUGAAAUGCGUCAAGGUCCUUCCUCCGGAAGAGAGUGGCAUUCGAGAGGAGCUCAGAGAGAAUGAUGCUGAAUCUUUAGACGACCACUACCACAAUUGCGGAUAUCGAAACUUGCUGUCAGCUCUCCAUGAGGCUGAAAGUGCUCAGAAACAGUUUAGAAUAGUUGAGCAGAUCACGAAUCUGCUGAAGGAGGAUGAAGAAGCAAGGAUCUUUAUGGGUACCAAUGGGGCUGUGGAGGUGCUUAUACAGUUUUUGAGGAUGGCUGUCCACAAUGGUGAUGAGAAGGCUCAAGAAGCUGGUGCAAUGGCCCUUUUCAACCUUAUGGUCAACAGCAAUAGGAACAAGGGAAUGAUGAUAGCAGCAGGACUGAUACCGUUGCUGGAACAGAUGUUCUCAAAUUCUGAAAUGUACAAGUGUGUAGUUGCCCUGUACCUCAGCCUGUCCUGUCUCGACGAAGCCAAGCCUCUUAUUGGCUCAAGUAUGGCUGUUCCUUUCUUGAUCCAGCUUCUACGAGAUCACAACAUCGAAAGAAGCUCCUGCAAGGACGAUGCCCUCUACACCUUGUACAACCUCUCCACACAUACGCCCAACAUCCCUUCCCUAGUAUCAUCAGAUAUCAUUAACAGUCUCCAUCCUUUCCUUGCAUUUCCUUCUGCGUCCGAAGGCGUAAUGUUGGCCGAAAAGGCUCUGGCCAUCUUGAUAAACUUAGCAGCAAGCCAAGCAGGAAGGAAGGAAAUCACGUCGGCCCCAAGCAUUUUCUGUGGUCUUGCGGGGGUCUUGGACUUUGGUGAGCCUGCAGAACAAGAGCAGGUUGUGUGUUGCCUAUUGAUGCUGUGCAGUGACGAUGAGAGAUGCAGCCAGAUGGUCUUGCAAGAGGGGGUGAUACCAUCACUAAUAUCAAUAUCGGUGAACGGAACAACCAAAGGUAAGGAGAAGGCCGAGAAGUUGUUGAAGCUGUUCCGGGAGCAGCGCCAGCAAGAGCCUUCCCCCCUGAAGCAGCAGCCACAACAGGUCGAGAAGAAUGGUGGUCGCGAGAUGAUUGUAGAGUCCAAGACACUCUGCAAGUCAAGAUCGAAGAAGUUCAGGCGGACACUGAGUUCGAUAUGGAAGAACACGAGUUUUUCGGUAUACCGGUGCUAAUGUUCUCGGUCCAUUGUCAUGUAAACAUGCUUCUGUAUCUUCUCUUUGCUUUUGUUUGUU